CCUAACAAAUAUAUCUCUCUCCGCCAGUAGUUGUGUUCGCCCUUGGCCCUUCUAUCUAUUAUUGUCAUUUCGUCUCUUCUCUGUUUAAACUUUCAACGAUGUCUAUAGCCACUUCUCAGAUCCACUCGCUUUCUCGAAAUUUGCUCUAAUUUUUAUGAAGUUGGUUGAUGAAGCCAAAUAAUUUAGGAAGGAGCACGAGUCGCUCCCAAGAUCUUUCAUAUCAAUUUUACUUGUUCUCAUUAAAGGAUUUUAUCCUAGAAAUGUUGUCAGAUAUUUCUAGGACCUAAGUCCAUGUGCAAUUUUUUUUAAUUCCCUGUUGUCAGUGCUGAAGUGUACAAAGAUGGACAGGUCAGACACAUCAGGCUUUGUCAGUGGGGGAGUUAGCCUAUUUGGACAUUUACACUUCAUUUUGGUAAUUAUUCAUGCCAUUAGCAUGUGCUAAAAACUAUUGUUGGUUGGCCCUCUAUUCCUUAGUUCUUCUUAGUCCUUGAGUUCACAACAUCUAGAGAAUGGAUCUGAAUGAUAAAGAUAAACAGUUUUGUCAUAACAGCGAACUUUCUAAAACUGAAAACUAUGGUGAUACGACGUUACGCUUGAACUGCCUAGCCAAUGGAGGAAGCAGUGUGACUGGAUUUGAGAGUACUCGAAGCAAAUGUAAGGUUGAUUUUCCCAAUGGCCCUGAUGAUGGCUGUAAGUUGGUGCUUGGAUUAGGUCCAACACCAUCUGCUUAUGGUAAUGAUUAUUACAGCAUGACGUUUAACAAGGAUAAAGUAUCAGCUUCUGCUGCCAUAUUUUCUCAGGGGUUAUCAUCGGAUGCUGAUUCAAUUCUAAAACUUGGCCUUUCUGGAGGGACCAAGGAAGCUUGGAGUGGACUUGAGAGUUCACUUUUGGAGACUGAUAUUAACACCCCUAUUCUGAACCGAGUUUCUGAUGAUGAUAAUAGAUUCUUGAUUCCUGUUGUUGAUGAAGGCUCCACUUCAGCAAAAAAAUCUGGUGGGUACAUGCCAUCGCUUCUUUUGGCUCCAAGAUUGGAUGUUGGAAAAGUUUCAUUGCAUGCAGAAGAAUUUCUUGAAUUUGGGGCUAAAUCUUGUAGUCAUCAGUCGCAGCUGAACCAUGAACCAUCUGCUACCACAGAUUACUCAGUGGGCACUGUUUCUGAGCAUGCAACUUCUGCCACAUCUUCAGAUCGCAAAACCAGCAACCCAAAAAAGUGCAAGUUUUUAGGUUGUUUAAAAGGAGCACGGGGGGCAUCUGGUCUCUGUAUUGGGCAUGGAGGCGGACAGAGAUGCCAAAAGCCAGGUUGCAACAAAGGGGCUGAGAGCCGAACUGCAUAUUGUAAGGCCCAUGGUGGAGGAAGGAGGUGUCAACAAUUGGGUUGCACUAAAAGUGCUGAGGGGAAGACAGAUUUUUGCAUAGCUCAUGGGGGUGGCAGAAGAUGUGGGUUUCCAGGAGGGUGCACCAAGGCUGCACGAGGCAAGUCAGGGCUUUGCAUUAAACAUGGUGGGGGGAAGAGGUGUAAGGUUGAAGGCUGCACUCGUAGUGCUGAAGGACAGGCUGGCUUGUGUAUUUCUCAUGGGGGUGGUCGACGCUGCCAAUAUCCAGGAUGCGCAAAGGGUGCUCAGGGGAGUACUAUUUUUUGCAAGGCCCAUGGUGGAGGAAAGCGUUGCAUUUUUGCUGGAUGCACCAAAGGUGCUGAAGGAAGUACUCCACUGUGCAAAGGACAUGGUGGGGGAAAACGUUGCCUUUUUGAUGGUGGUGGAAUCUGUCCAAAAAGUGUCCAUGGAGGCACGAAUUUUUGUGUUGCACAUGGUGGUGGAAAGAGGUGUGUCGUGCCAGGCUGCACAAAGAGUGCUCGUGGCCGUACUGAUUGCUGUGUUAGGCAUGGGGGAGGGAAGCGGUGCAAGUUUGAAAAUUGUGGGAAGAGUGCACAAGGUAGCACAGAUUUCUGCAAGGCCCAUGGUGGCGGUAAGCGAUGCAUUUGGGGAGAAGGAAAAUGUGAGAAAUUUGCAAGGGGUAAGAGUGGUCUUUGUGCUGCACAUAGCAGCAUGGUCCUGGAGCAGGGUACGAACAAGGGCGGCUUGAUUGCACCAGGGCUCUUCCAUGGCCUUGUAACUACCGCAUCAAAUACAGGAGCCAGCAUUGACAACAAUUAUUCUUCAUCUGGAAUUAGUGCCAUCUCUGAGUGCACUGAUUCUUUCGAAAAGCCAAUGAAAAGGCAGCAUCUCAUACCACCACUGGUAUUGGUUCCUCCAUCCAUGAAGUCAUCACCAUCUUAUUCAAGUCUCCUUAGUGCUGAGAAGCUAGAGGAAGGUAGAACUGGCUAUGCUGCUGGUGGCUUUGGCAGCAAUGGUAGGAUAACCAGCUUUGAUUGCGUGAUUCCUGAGGGGAGGGUCCAUGGUGGUGGCCUAAUGUCAUUGUUUGGUGGGAAUUUGAAAAACGCAAUAAAUGGCAUUUGAAGCUGGUGAUUUCCAUUUGGAAGUUUGCGACUAUUCAAUGGCAAAAUUGUGUAUAAUUUAGUACCUAUUUAAGGAGCACGUGUAUAGUUUGUGCUGAUUGGUAGGGAAUAUUGUUGUUGUACCAUAUUGAAUGUAUUGGGGACCUAAUUUUUUCAGUUCAACUUCUGGUUGUCGAGACAAGUUUUCAAAAUCCACCUGUAACAUGCCAUAAGUUAGUAAAUAAGGUUAUAAUGUUAAAUUUGGAUUUAAAAUAUUGGUGUAAUAAUUCCUUCUCUUGUUCAUUA